CAAACGUGCAGCACUUCACGUGGUCGUCAGUCUGUUAAAUAGAACCCCAAAGGCUGCCUGGACCUUUUCUGUUUGUUUACACGCCUGCUAGCAAGUAAAGCGCACGAAAAUUAAUCAUCUAAAACGCCAAAACAAUAUCUGACAUAUCGAUUAAGAGAGGCGUGGCCCUUUGCCGCCGGCGCCGCUCCAAACCCGUUCUCCCCGCGCGACUUUGAAGUUGUGACGGCAUUUACGUCUAAGCAGCAUUGUUGAAAUGUCACAAGCUGGCGACCGUUCGGCGCCGCCGGCGACAACGUCCGCUAAGGUUGGCGACAUCAAGCUGCCGGGCUGGAAGCAGUCGCAAGUGCGCAAGGCUGUGGCGUCGCUGCUCAAAUACGUGAGCUCGCAGGCCGAGAAGUCCAGCUCGCUGUUUGCUGACGUGGACGAGGAGGUCAUCUUCCUGCAGCUGGCACUGAAGAAGAUGCCGCAGCAGCCGCGCAAGGACAAGCCGGUGCCGCUGCCGCUGCCACACCCGCUGUACGGCGCCGAGGGGCAGCAGAUAUGCCUGUUCGUGAAGGACUCGGCGGAGGGGCAGGAGGGCAAGGAGAUAAAGAAGAAGCUGGCAGCGCUGGAGAAGAAUGGCGGCGUGGCCAAGGUGAUCGGCACCACAAAGUUGCGCACCAAGUUCGAGUCGCACGAGGCGAAGCGCAAGCUGUGCGCCAGCUACGAUCUGUUCCUGGCCGACGACCGCAUCCUGCCCUCGCUGCCCAAACUCAUUGGCAAGAGCUUCUUCAAGAAGAAGCGCCAGCCCAUCCCCGUGGAUCUCCGCCGCGGCAACUGGGCGGCAGAGAUCCGCAAGGCGCUGGCCUGCACCUACCUGUUCAAGGGCAGCGGCACUAGCGUCAACAUUCGCGUGGCGCGGUCGGGCUUCGAGCCGUCAGAGGUGGAGGCGAACGUGGUGGCGGCACUGGCGGCGGCGGCGGAGCACAUACCCAAGAAGUGGGCCAACAUCCAGGGCGUGUUCCUAAAAACGGCGGACUCAGUGGCGCUGCCGAUCUUCCAGACGCUGCCGGACGCGCCGGCUAAGAUUGUGGGCGGGUCAGCGGCGGCGGCGACGGCAGUGGCGGCGUCGUAAGGUUGGCGUGACGUGCGUGUUUAGUGUUCAUGACGCGUUGCUUUUGGCGGGCGUCCGUUGUGACCUCAGUGUGACGUGUGUGUGGAGAUAUGUGGUAUUGGUGCACUGCUGCAGGUGUCGGGCUAGGUGAUGUUGGGUGGUUCGAAGGCUCAUGAACAAGCUUCCAAGUGCGUGUUAGCCCUAGGAUUGUAUGCUGGUAUGGAGGACAGGCAGCUUGCGACUGUCCGAAGGAGAAGAGGGAGCCUGAUGACUUUAUAGAAAUAGUGAUGUGUGCCAGCGAUGCGCCAUGGCUCAUGGAACAUAAGAUAGGGCACCGGUUGCCCGGUGGAGCGGUAGGACAGGAGGGCUGGGUAGGCCUGGUGGCUGGCUUUUGGCUGGGCACAGGGUCGUAUGUGAUAGGAACUUACUCGUCCUUUCACAUUCACGACAUUGCGUCCACGCCGGAGGGGACUGCCCAGCCAGGGUACUACCGCACGGUACGACCGUGCACGCAUAAGUCCUCGGGCUCACCGAACGCUUCCCUAAGACUGCGCCGGGGAGAGGGAGGGGGCAGAACCGAGCACUGUUCGAUGCACAACAGGGGGAAUAUAUCAGUAAGUAAUUUUUGACAGGAGGGACGACGGGGAGCUGUAAGGCGAGUCGGGG